AUCUGGGGCAGCUCCAGUCUUUCUUCUUUAACCCCACCUACAGGCGCAUUUCUCAACUCUGCGCUCCUCUACCUGUGGAGGGGAACUAAAUCUGUGCGUUAAAGGACUAAAACGACAUCAAAACAACAAAAAAAUCACUGGAAAUAUAUUUAGUCACUUGUUCCUGUAACUGAUUAUGGACUAGUAUUUCUUUUGAUUUGAAGAUACUACUAUCAUCCAGAGGAGAAUUCCAGAGAAAAGCUAUUUGACUGCCAGCCAAGGACAUGGACUGGAAGACCUUCCAAGCCCUCCUCAGUGGGGUGAACAAAUACUCAACGGCGUUUGGGCGAGUAUGGCUGUCUGUGGUAUUUGUGUUCAGGGUGAUGGUAUACGUGGUGGCGGCGGAGCGAGUGUGGGGCGACGACCAGAAGGACUUUGACUGUAAUACCAAGCAGCCUGGCUGCCCCAACGUCUGCUACGACCACUUCUUCCCUAUCUCCCACAUCCGCCUGUGGGCCCUGCAGCUCAUCUUCGUCACAUGCCCUUCCUUCAUGGUGGUGAUGCAUGUGGCGUACCGUGACGACCGUGAGCGCAAGUACAGGGCCAAGCACGGUGAGGACGCCAAGCUGUACAACAACACGGGCAAGAAACACGGCGGCUUGUGGUGGACCUACUUGAUCAGCCUCUUCGUAAAGACGGGUGUCGAGAUUUCCUUCCUCUACAUCCUCCACCGAGUGUAUGACAGCUUCUACCUGCCAAGGCUGGUCAAGUGUGAGGUGUCACCUUGCCCCAAUCAGGUGGACUGCUACAUUGGCCACCCCACAGAGAAGAAGGUCUUCACCUACUUCAUGGUUGGAGCUUCGGCCCUCUGCAUCAUCCUAAACAUCUGCGAGAUCAUUUAUCUAAUCUCCAAACGCAUUGCACGAAUUGCAAACAAGAUCAAGAGGCGCAAUCGCAACAUGGCCGUGUAUCACGAUGACUACAGCGACGACCCCUUUAACAACUCCAACCUGCCAAUGUCCAGGCAGGACCUGAAAGAAAGGCCUCCAUCCUUCAAGGCUUACAAGCCUUCAUACAGGCCUUCCGCACUCAAACUUGAAGAGAAGAUAAGGGCCUCUGCUCCUAACCUGUCCACUACUUGAUCAAAGCCAAAAUCAGGCCAAACAUCAAGAGUUCAGUAGUGCUUAGACGAGAAACCAAUGACAAACCUCAGAAACAGACUCAGAGCUAUGAGCCAACCUACAGUGUAUGUCAGACCCUGGAAGUUGAGUCAUCAGUACUGGAUUCAUCCUGUGGGACUCCUGUGUCCACAUCGAAGACUCUUUUGGAGCACUUGAACUUUGGUUUCCAAGUCAACAUUCAUAAUAUUUACAAGUCAACUAGAGCCAAAUUGAUUUGUUAAUGAUAUGUGAGGUUCCUUUUUAAAUACAAUAAAGGUCUGUGUGCCUUGUCAACUUCACAGCUUCACCCGUUAGAACAUUCCAGUAAAGUUUCACUGUCUUUCUUGCGAUUGGAGUUAUGACAGCAAGGAAAGGAGCCACUCCGCUGCACAUAAGGAGUCAGGACACACCUGGCAGAGGUAUUCACCCUCCCUGCCAGGGUGUACAGUGGUGUAUCAGGGUGUUCUGUGGUCACAGAGUGUUACAUGUGCAUUUCAGUGAUCUCUGUUAUUUAAUCUCAAAUCAUGGCUCCAUGUCACCGUUUUGGUGUCUGAUGAUCUCAAGUUUUUAAGUGUGGUAAAUGAUUGUGUGUGUGGAUGCUCUCAAAGUCAUAAAGUUAUGGCUGAGUAAUACUUGAAUGUGUGGAAACUGGGCCAAAAUGACUUUUUUAAAAAUGGCGUUUAUUCUCUUGGAUAAGAUUCAUGACAGCGACAAAAUGCAUAUAUCGUCGGUGUAUUUCUCUAUGUAAAACCUCUGCAGGCAUAAGCUUGCUCUCAGAUUCAUGCUGCACAGCUACAUGUUUUACAUAGACUGCUUUGACAUGCUUGUACACAGCCUCGCCUCAACCAAGACCACUGUUGAUUUAAAUAAGGCGAAAGGAAUGCUGCUGUUUAAUUCUGUGUUGGUAGAGCUGGGCCACAGCGGAGGAGGUGGGAGGAAGCUCGGACAAACAAAUCGUUCAUCGAACUGUUGCGUGAUUUUGUGAGUCACUAAUCGUCUUGUUGCACUUGUUGUUAAUAAUGUUUUUAUAAAAAAUGUAAAUAAAUUAAAUUAAAAUGUA